AUGGCUUCAGGUUCGACGCGUCCCACGUCGCUCUCGGUUGACAAGUGUCCUUCUCGGUACGAGGCAAACGACUCCACCGUGGCCCUGUCGGAACUGCAUCGGACUAUCGCAAUCCAGCAGCUGGGCGAAACCGAGGAGCGGAGGGAGGAGUCACUGCGCUCGAUGCGCCAGUGGAUCGCGUCCCAUCCGCACAUUCGCCGGUGCCGCACCGACGCCCUGUUCCUGUUGCGGUUUCUGCGGGCGCGCGCCUUCGACCAGGAAGCGGCCCGGCUAACCCUCGAGCGGUACCUCACGAUGCGCCAGGUGUUCCGCAUUUGGUACGAGAAUCUCGACCCAACCGACCGCUAUAUGCGCGAGCUGGUGGAGGACGUCCGCGGGUGCCUUCCGCUGGGGGUGGAUCGGGCGGGGCGAAUGGUGGCGCUGGUGCGUGUCCGCAGCUUCGACGUAACGCGCUUCACCUGCUAUCACCUGGGUCGGUUCCAGCACAUGCUGUUCGAGGCAUACUUCGACGAUGUGGCGGUGCAGGUGGGUGGCGGGGUCGCGAUCAUCGACUGCGAGGCGGCCACGAUGGGACACUUCGUGUGCUUCAAGCUGGCCGACAUCCGGAACUUCCUCGAUUGCCUCAGCCACGCAUUGCCGGUGCGCGUGCAGGAGGUCCACAUCGUCCGGUUGCCGCGCAUCGGUCAAGCCUUGGGCAAUCUGGUGCUAAGCUUUGCAGCCGACGAACUUCGACGACGGAUCUUCUUUCACAGCAGCAUGGAUGGCGUGCUGGCGUACGUCGAUCGGGACCUACUGCCGGUCGAGUACGGUGGGAAAUCGGACCCCGAAGCAAUUACCAAAGACCUACGGCAUCGACUGGCGACCCAACGGGACAGGCUGCUGCUGCUGGACCAGCUGGAGAUCGACACCGAGCCCUACGCUCACUUUUGGCGCCAAACCACCGAGGGCGACGUCGAGUUUGGGAUGGAGAUCGAUUGA